ACAUAUCUGGUCAACUACUUGAAUGAAGGCCAAGAACUGAUUAAGAAAAAUCGGGCUGAGGUACAGCGUUUAUCGGAGGAGACUGCACGUAACCGCGAAGUCGUUCGGCGAUUGGCCACUCAGUAA